AUGGAAAAAAAGGAGAAUCUGAAUUCUAAGGAUGAGAAUCAGAAAAGUCCAAAAGAAAACGUGCAGCAAAUGCAGUCUAAUGCACGAAAACGCAAACAAUUUAACAAUUCUUAUUCGGGAUUUACUCCACGUCGCAAAGUUCGAGUUUUUUCGAAUGAAACAGAAGUAGAUGCUCCGAAAUGCCGUGAAUUAUCUCCCUUUGAAACUUUACCGACAGCUUUACUGAUACAAAUUGUACAUCAUUUGAAUAUUAAUGACCAAAGAUGCUUUCGCAGUACCUGCACUAGAGCUCAUUUGGCUACUGCAUUAUACUGGCAGUCUAGGUAUGACCUUAACAUUCAACUUUUGAUGCAAAAAACUUUUCCAUACAUAAAUUCACAAAAGCUAGGCUCACUAUAUGCUAUGCGUAAAGAAGUUGGGCGCGCCUUACAAUUAAUACCUGCCUAUACACUGCGCAGCGUUACUUUUAAUCCUAUCUGCUCACUACACGUGCAAAAUUUUUACGACAUUGAAAUUAUCACUAAAAAAUCAGCUGAACAACUUUUUGGUGCACUCAAACAUUUGGAUUUGCGUGGUUGUACGCUUGAGGUUAAAGAAUUGAAAUAUUUUUCACGUGCUUGCCAGAAACUAUCAUCAAUUGCUCUUACUUACUCUUAUGUAUAUUUACCAGACGAAGUAUCCAAAGUCGACGGCUUUGAAACUAGCGACCAAUCUGAAAGUUGUCCGAAAUUGGAUAUCCUAGAGUUCUUAAGUGUUUCGCUCCCUGGUUUCAGGAAGAGAAGAAAAAAUGGAGAAAUUCCUGAAAAACACAUUUCUUUUAUUGCCAAACUACUUACUUUAUUCCCUUUUCUUGAAACAUUUAUUAUUAAUUGA